CAUGGGGACUCUUCGAGGAGCUGUUCGUUUCGUCGGGACGGCUCUAUUACUACGUUGUCCGCAAACCGACGUCUCUGGCUUCGCGGAAACCUGCUUCAGAGCCAAUUUCGCUGUCUCAGUUCGAUUUUGACCCCGCUUCGUGGAAAAUCCGUAAGUUUGCGAAGUGGCGCGUCGGGAAGGGGACGAAGGUGCAGCAGGUGAGGAUUGCGAAGGUAGAGGAUAAAUGGAGGAAAGGCAUUGCAACUAUCGGGGAUAAACAUGUGAGGAUGGUGGAUGUGCCGGGUUUCUGGGUGUUCAGAGAGGACAGUCGAUGGGCGAACGGCGAUGGCGUGGAGGUGAAGGCGGCUGAGGGAGAACGAGUGAUCAUAUUCGCACCUGGAGGCGGCAUCCAUGCCCUUACCAGUCCCGUGCCGUACGGCCUUGCACUCUCCACUCACCUGCGAGUCUUGGCUAUCAAUAGCCGUCCAGCCAUCAACCCCUCCACCGCCUUCCCGGCGCAACUCCUCGAUGCUCUAGCCGGCUACUCGUACCUCACUCAGCAGCUUGGGUUCAAGCCGGAGAACAUCAUGUUGGUCGGGGAGAGCGCCGGCGCGUACCUGCACCUGGCGUUAAUGACGUACCUGGGUGAUCUCAAAAGGGACGGUAUCGAUUUCGGCAUGGUGGGUGCCGCAGCACUAAUGUCGCCUGCCUGUAACCUCUCUCGAUUCGACGCACGUCCUCUGCGAACAGACUUCCGCUUCCCAGGGUACCGCAAAGCCAUCGUCCCCCUCCAGGCAUAUCACUUCCCCGCCGACUCGCUCGCCUCGUCUCCGUAUUUCUCCCCCGCCCUAGCCGGGCAGUUCCAGUACCUUUCCGAAGCGCCCCACAAGACGAAGGUGUGGAUCCAGUACGGCGAUUCGGAGCUGUUCGCGGACGACAUUCAGAAGCUGGUCAAGCGCAUGAAGGAGCAGGGUGUGGACGUGAGGGAGGACGCGGUGUAUGGGGGGCUGCAUUGUGACGCGACGAUACGGCGGGCGUUUGGGAAGGAGGAGGGGAGCUGGGUGAGGUUUUUGGAGGCGGUGAAGGAGAUGGGGUGGGCUGACUCCCAAGCGUCGUCGAAGUCGACUGGAGUGGUGUGAAGCUGGACCUGUUGAUAAUGCUCAGAAACUCUAUACACAUUACCUACUGGUCAACUGCAUUUUGUACAUUCGCAUCCCUAGGCACGCUGUAUCGUUAGUUGUAUUGCUGUAGCAUCUCCACCACUAGAUCUAAACACAGAAGUCGUACAUAUCUCAUGUCACGGAUGACGUAG